AAGCAACCAACACAAGAUCCCACAUUCAGCAUUAAAGACUCCUCUUAACCCUUGCUGGUACUACAGAAGACACUUUCAACUCCUGUCUGAUUGUGACAUCCCAUAAUGCCACUGAUUGUGCUUCCCACCUCCCAGCUGCUAUGGGUGCGUGUAGCUGCCCUGCUGUUCACCUGCGUGGCGUUCAGUGUGGCAGCACAUGGAGCCCAGCUGCACCACGGAGGCAUGGCUGACUGGUGCAUCUUCUGCUGGGCGUUCAGCUUCGCCUGCACCCUGCUGGUCCUGCUGGUGGAGCAGUUCGGCCUCCAGGCCCGAGUGCCGGUGUCCUGGUCUAAUUUCCCCAUCACUAUCGCCUGCUACGCCUCCCUCCUCUGCCUCUCCGCCUCUAUCAUCUUCCCAGUUCUUUUCCUUAAGAACCAGCAGCUCUACGGUGAAACUCGUGACUAUCGCAUCGCCUCCACCGUCUUCUCCUGCCUGGCAGCGGUAGCAUACAUGGGGGAGGUGAGCUUGACUAAAGCGAGGCCAGGAGAGGUGGCAGGUUACAUGGCUACGGCUCCCGGUCUUAUGAAGGUGUGCCAGACCUUUGUGGCCUGUAUUAUCUUCAUCCUGGUCAGCGACCCUGUGUCGUAUGACCACCAUGCAGCGCUCAAGUGGUGCAUGGCCGUGUACUGCAUCUGCUUCAUCCUCUCCAUGGCCGUGGUGGUGCUGUGUGUCGGCGAGUGCACCGGCUGUCUCCCCAUCCCCUUCUCCAAGUUCCUGUCAGGUUACGGGCUCCAGGCGGUAAUCAUGUACUUCACGGCUGCCAUCCUCUGGCCCGUGUUCCAGUUUGACAAACAGUACCAAAGAAGCUCAGCGCCAUCAAAACUGCUCUCAACUUCCUGCUUUACGUCACUGACCUGGCCUACACUGCCAGACUAGUGUUUGUCAGUGCCUGAGAAGAAAAGAGAUGAAGGAGGGAGACACAUUGAGAGCUGAACAGAAAUAAAGAUGCUUAGAGCUGAGUGAGU